AUGCAGCCCCCAGCGGGGCGCUUUGCUCCGCGGGUGUCUAGGCAGCGGGGGCCCCCAGGGGCCCCCACAGACAGCAGCAAUGACGAGCAGCUGAUCCCUUCCGCGCACCACCCUGCAGCAGCAGCAGCAGCAGCAGCAGCAGCAGCAGCAGCAGGUGCAGCAGCAGGGCCUCUCCGCGUGUCGCGUCCUCGUUCGGUAGCUCGGGUGUACCCCUACCUUCCUCAUUCGAUGGGGGCCCCCGUGGGGGCCCCCCUGGGGCCCCCCCUGGGCCCCCCUGUGUCAGACGGGGGCCCCCUGUGUCAAGUUGCUGCUGCUGCUGCUGCUGCUCCUGCUGCAGCAGACUCCGCGUACUGCAGCCCGCUGUACCGGCUGGCUUCGCAGCUGGGCGCGGAGGAGCUGCGCAGUUUGCUGCUGCUGCAGUGCAAGCUGCAGCAGCAGCAGCAGCCGUCGGGGGCGUCGUCGGCGUUGGCUGCUGCUGCAGCAGCAGGCGCCGCAGCAGCAGGCGCAGCAGCAGGGGCCCCCGCAGCAGCAGAAAACGCAAAAGAGCAGCAGCAAGACUCGACCGGCUGCACCUGCUGCGCUGCCUCCACCGCCCCUCCACCGCAGCAGGCGACAGCAGCAACAGCAGCAGCAGAAGCUGCAGCAGCAGCAGCAGAAGCUGCAGCAGCAGCAGCAGGUACAUUUCUGAGGGGGGCUCUGUGGCUGCCUGCCUGCUGCAGCUCUGAGCAGCAGCAAGUGCAACAUCAAAUUUAA